AUGGCGAACAUGUCCAAUGAAGACUUGUAUUCGCGAUUUCGCGAAGCUCACCAGCCUGUGAGCGAUCUGAACUUCGCAACACGCCGUAAGGAUUCCACCAUAGCGGACCCCGAUCCAUCCCAUGGGUACAUGGAUGUGGCUCUACAGCCCUUCAUGCACAAUAUGGCCCUUUUGGAAGCAGGAGAAAGUCUUGCGAGAUACCAGGUCCGCAAUCCGUAUGAUCUCUUUGCCAGCUCGCUGGAGGAGCGACUGAGGACUUUGAUGAACACGAAUAGUCCGGAUGUCCAGCCGGAUAUCAGCAAAGAUCCAAGUACUGCAGCUUCAAUCAACUGGGCCGAUCUGAUUCGAGAGGCCAAGCAAGAUGAUUUCCGUCAACACCCUGAUGGCAAGUACUACUUCCUGUUUAGAAGCGAGCACUACAUCAUCAUGGAUAAGCACGACUACGGAGUCAUGUCGAUUCUCAAAAGCUUCCUGCAUCCUUGGCCUCCCUGGCCACACCCUGAUGAUGUCGACAAGGAAAGACUUGUUUUAACGAUGGAGCAUGACAAGGCUAUUCAGUUCAAAACAGCCCAUGCGGAAGUCGGUUCUCGCCUCGACGGCUAUCUGACAAAGCUGAGGGAGCGGGACCAUCACCUUGCUGUGUACCGAAAUGCGAUCAAGGACUGGAGCAGGAUCUAUUUCGGGGCGGUCUAUGAUCUUCCUGGUGAAAGUAACGAGGUCCCGCUGGCUCCGCCAAUUCAGCAAUGUGAACCUUCCCGAGCCAUUUCCGUUGAUUCGGUCAACUCGAUUGAAUUUGACAACCGAGGUGAUAUAGAAUAUGGUGAUCAAGGCGACGACGACUUCGUGCCACCCGGAGGAGAGGGUUUUUUGGAUGAAUCCACCGAAAACCUUGACAAUACCGUCUCUGAAGCUUCUCGUGGAUGUUCUCAUGCCAGGAAGUGCAACAAUCCCACAGACGCAAGCUAUUACACUCUAUCGUCCAUCACCGAAAGAAAUGGCGGUGACGAUGAUGAGAGAGAUGACAACGAGGAGACCCCCACGAACACCCCCGCCAAGAUAUCGUCUCCCAAGCGCAGAAGAGUCGCCACGAACUACUCGCUCUCGACGGGUGUGCGAACUCGUCUGAAUCAAAUUGAGAAGCAAAAUGGUUUCUCUGUCCUUGAUUCAUUGCUGAAGAAGGGUAUUCCCUGGUCAUCUGUUACAGAUCAAUACAAUCUUGAGUUCGGAACUCAUCGCAGUGUAGAAUCGGUGCGAGCUGUCUGGGAUCGUCUUAGUCUCAACCCUGAACCAACCGAAGGUGCGACAGCUAUCCGUUCCAAGGCCGAACCCUCCCCUAACAAGCACCAUGAAAGCAGAACUUCCAAGUCUCGCCGCAAGCUAGUCCAACAGCCCAAUCGCAACCGCGACAAGCAGAACAAACCGCACGAAGAAGAUAUCCAAGACCAAGAUCACGAUAUGAUUUAUAACGGGGACGACUACAACAAGGAUGAAAACAUUCACUAG